ACAAAGCAAAGUCUUUAGCCAUGGCCUCAUACAAUUGCUUCAUGUUGGCUUUUUUCCUUGCUAUUUCCUUCUCAAGCAUGGACAUUGGCCUAGCAGCUCGCCAUCUUCUACAGGCAACUCCAAUUACACCACCUAAUCUGCCAAAACCAACAUUGCCACCAUUGCCUCCAAUGCCAACAUUGCCUCAGGGUAAUGUUCCACCUUUGCCUACUAUCCCAUCUCUGCCACAACCAUCUAUGCCUUCUCUUCCUACCAUCCCCACUAUUCCAACUGUCCCACAGUUCGCUCUGCCACCACUUCUUGCCAAUUCUCUGCCAAACUUUCCCACAAUCCCAACCACUAUUCCCUCUAUCCCAUUCCUGUCUCCACCACCUUCAACCACCACCCCCUGAAUGAAGCUACUCUGCUUAUAAGUUGGAUUACUACUAAUCUUUGGAGUUUGGUUCUGGCUUUCAGUGAU